UCUACCACUGUUCAUCCGAUACCGGUACUCAAUAGACACACCAACAAAGAAACUUCCAGAAAUCUACCAAAAUAAUCAACAUUUAUAAGAAUGGCCGACCUAGUUCAUUGUUACAAUAAAGGAUGUGGACAAAAGUUCGAUCCGACCAACAACCAAGAAGACAGCUGCACAUACCAUCCUGGGCAACCAGUGUUUCAUGAUGCACUGAAGGGCUGGUCCUGUUGCAAAAAAAGGAGCACAGAUUUCACAGAGUUCCUCAACACACCGGGUUGCUUAAAAGGAUUGCACAGUAAUGUUAAACCACCAGAACCUGUCAAAGAAGAAAACCCAGCAGAUACCAACAAAGACGAGGUAAUUGAAGUAAAGAUACGAGAGCCCAAGAAACCACGCGACCCCUCCACCAGACCUUCGGCCGACGAACCGCUGGCACCGCUGACUGUAAAUGUGACUCCCUCACUGAAACAAGCACUAGAGAAACACAUGGAAAACCUCAGUCUGCAGGUGGCAGAAGAAAAAACUGAUACAACAGAAAUAAAAGUUGGAACUUCAUGCAAAAACAAUGGAUGUAAGGCAUGUUACCAAGGAGAGGAGAGCGAUACAGAGAAAUGUUUGUACCACCCGGGAUAUCCUGUGUUUCAUGAAGGCAUGAAGUUCUGGUCCUGCUGUAACAGAAAGACCUCCGAGUUUGACCAGUUUUUGGCUCAGGAAGGAUGUGAAACGGGGACUCAUUUAUGGAUCAAACCAGAGGUGGAGGGAGAAAAGAAGUCAUGUCGGUUUGACUGGCACCAGACCCCCUCCACUGUGUCACUGUCCAUCUUCGCCAAGGUCGCCGUUCCCGAAAAAUGUUCCAUCACGGUCAACAGAGUACGCUGUGUCAUAAAGAUCGUGUUCGACGGAGGAAAGAGUCUCUUUGAGAAAGAUUUAGUAUUAAGAGAAGAAAUAAUUCCAGAAAAAAGCUCAGUGAAAAUGUUAGGAACCAAGGUUGAAAUCAAUUUAAAGAAAGCGGAAGCCUUUAGUUGGCCGACCUUGGAAUUUCCUCCGGAGACAACAAACGGAGACUCAAAGUGAUCGCGAGGUAGCCGGCAAUAAGUCUUGUGAUAGUGAUGGAGCUACAUCUCACAGAACAAAACUCGGGUUUUAUUUAAACCAUGUCUUUCCCAUAAUCGAUGGAUUUCUGUAAUGAAACAUUACAAGUGGUACAGAUAAAAACAUUUCUCCAGGUAUUACUAGCCAAGAGCCAAGGUUUUUUUUGUAUUAGUUUGGACAAUAAAAAUUAAUUUCUUCAAAAUCUGGAAUUUUUAUACUAUUUUUAUGAAGAAUUCCAAGACAAACUGAGUUUGCAGUAAUGUAUAUCAGUGAAUAUAAAAUCAAUACCUGUGAAAAGGCUGUCUGAUGUAACUAAAAUACAAUUCAACCAUCUUUA